UUGCCGUUCCAUUUUCUCAUUUCUCAGCCCUUAAAAAUCUAGCAUCCACGCCACCGAUCCUCAAUCGCCAACUCCCCAUUUAUGAAAAUGGGGAUUUUAUAUGGGAUGGUGGCAAGGGGGCAGGUUGUUUUGGCGGAGUUUAGCGCUACUCAAACAAAUGCCAGCACCGUAGCAAGACAGAUUUUGGAGAAGAUGAGCCAAGGAAAGAACGAUAGCAAUUCUUCUUUUUCCCAUGAUCGUUAUAUUUUUCAUGUCAAAAGAACCGAUGGCCUCACCGUUCUUUGCAUGGCCGACGAUGCCUCCGGCAGGAGAAUCCCUUUUGCUUUCCUUGAAGAGAUUCAUCAAAAAUUUGUAAAGACAUAUGGUCGUGCUAUUCAGUCAGCUUCGGGUUAUGCUAUGAAUGAAGAAUUCUCCAGGGUCAUGAGUCAACAAAUGGAACAUUUUUCAACUGAUCCCAAUGCUGACAGAUUAAACCGGUUGAAAGGGGAAAUGAGCCAGGUACGUAGUGUAAUGAUUGACAACAUUGAAAAAGUAUUGGAGAGAGGCGACCGGUUGGAGUUGCUGGUUGAAAAGGCAAGCACAAUGCAGGGGAAUUCACUUCGAUUCAAAAAGCAAUCUCGUCGUUACAAGAAUGCCAUGUGGUGGAGUAAUUGCAAGAUCACGGUGACAUUGAUACUGCUGCUUUCGCUGAUCAUCGCUUAUAUUCUGUUCGCAUUUGUUUUUUGAUGGACUCUUUUUUUUUGUCGUCCUGGUUGAUGUAACAAGGCAGUGGCUUUUCCUGAUUUGUCCCAUCUUUUUAUUUUUCACAUAUAUACAUACACAUCUAUUUGUAACAUAUUUUUAAAACCAGUUGAUGAAUCCAUAAACAAACAA